GAAAUGGGGAGAGGCAAUUUUCCACAGCAUAUUGGUCAACCUGCAAUGGCUAUAGCAGGGACAGUGCAUCGUUAAACUUUCAGCCAAGGAUAUCACAACGCUGCUAAUUUUCUCAUGAUGCAGUUCUCUCUUUGCUGUGGACCGUGUCACGUUGUCGCAGUUCGUACAAGUGAUUUAUAGGCUUGCGCCGAUUCCAUUCCUCUACAGAAUCUAUUUUCCCUAAACUCCAGUCCCGAUAGAGAAGACUGAGGGGGACUUCUGUUGGUGUUUCGGCACCUACAACACGAAGUGAGGUGGUGGCCAGCUGGAGCUUCCAGGAAUGAUGGGGCCAACCCACCGCAGCAGGCCCCCUCGCUGCACCUGACCUGGGUCACCUGACCUGAGUCACCUGACCCAGAAUGGAGCUCAAGGUUUGGGUGGACGGGGUCCAGAGGGUCGUAUGCGGGGUCACCGAGGCAACCACCUGCCAGGAAGUGGUCAUCGCUCUAGCCCAGGCCAUAGGCCGCACUGGGCGCUAUACCCUGGUGGAGCAAUGGCGGGACACAGAGCGCCACCUGGCCCCCCACGAGAGCCCAGUGGCCUCCAUCAACACCUGGGGUCAGUAUGCCGGUGACGUCCAGCUGAUCCUGCACCGCACAGGCCCCUCCCUGACUGAACGCCCCCCUUCCGAGGGGCCCCCGCUUCGAGGCCCGGAACGCGGUCUCCACCGGCAGAGCCUCCCCCCACUUGCCAAGCUCCGCCACCCCAGUGAGCGCUCCCUCCGCCGCCGUGAGCCGCGCCGCAAGUCCCUCACCUUCUCCGGCAGGCCCCGGGGCCUCCGGGAUAUCCUGAGUGGAGGCCGGGCUUGGGAGGAGAGGGAGGCCGAGGCCAAACGACGUCUCCUACUCCAGGGGAACGGUGGGAACCAGAACCACCACCACCAUGUAGCAGCCGAAGCGGUAGCCCCAGGGGGGGCAGUGUCCCCCGGCAUGUGGGCCUGCCGCAUGGAUGACUUGGUCAGACUGGUGGGGCUCCAGAGAGAGACUCUGGGUGUGCUGGAGAACAGGCUGGAGGCCUAUGAGGCUGAGCUGCAGACCUGGGGUGGGGGUGGGGGAGGGGGAGAAGGAGGGGGAGAGGAGGUAAGAGGAGCGGGAGGGCUGGUGGAGGAGAUAGUGAUGCUGGAGAGACGACUGAGGAAGAACGAGGUGGAGAUGGAGGAGGAGGAGUUCUGGGCCAGCGAGCUGCAGAUUGAGCUGGAGAGCGAGAGGCAGCUAGAGGACAAGCUUGAGGAGCUAACGGGACGUCUGCAGGGUGCUAAAGUCGACCUGGGGGACAGGAUGGUUUUGGUACAGGGUGUGGAAGCGGGUCUCGAGGAGGAGCGUCUGCGGUGGGAAAGACAGGAGACUCAGAGGGUGAGCGAGGUGGAGGCCAGGGCGCAGUUGCUUAGGGCCCGCACGGAGCUCAAGACCCAGGACAGACAAGCCGUCCAGCUAGAGAGCAGCUGCAGAGCCGUGGACAGGUCCCUGAGCCAGAGUAGCAAGAGAAUGCAGGACAUGCAGCAUGAGCUGGAGCAGCUGACCAAGGAGCUGAGACAGGUCAACCUGCAGCAGUUCAUCCAGCAGACUGGCACCAAGGUCACCGUGCUGCCAGCCGAGCCCAGUGAGGAUGAGGAGGAGACUACCCACACCGGACAGGGCACAGACUUGGUUCCUCUGUCCGGUUCCCUGAAGCGUCCAGUCUCCUCGAUGCCCGGUCACCUUCGGGUCCUGCAAAGCCCGCUGACAUCUGGCUUGAACCCAGAAGGGAUCUACGUGUAAGAGGACACAGAGGGGGAUAUCUAUGAUCCAUGCCAGCUGGCCCCCUCACUACCAACCUAAAGGUAGCCUGCUUGGUAGUCUGGUCCCAAAACGGUUGUCUUUAGCCAACUCCUCUCCUAUUCACUCCUAGUCAGGAGUUGGUUAUAUACAGAUCUGGGAUAAGACUAGCUCAAGGAUGUAAUAGCAUGAUACUUCAGUAACACUCUCCUGUCAUGGAUAAAGGACCUACACUUACACAGAGGAUAUGGCUAGAGGCCAUUGUGUACAAGCAAUCCUAGUCUCCCACAUGGAACAACACAUGAUGAUUGCUCCAACGAUGAAGGGAAGACUAUGGGUAACCUACCUGACUGCAGGAUGGGGCACUUAGCUUGGAUGAACAGUGUAGAAAACAUUAGGAACACUUGCUCUUUCCAUGACAUAGACUGAUCAGGUGAAUCCAGGUGAAAUCUAUGACCCCUUAUUGAUGUCACUUGUUAAAUCCACUU